CCAAUGACUCAAAACCCCCUCUCCUUCCAUUGCUCAUCUUCUCUCUCUAAAAAAACAUCAAGAAAGAGAGCUCAAUAAAACUAUAGUAGCUCUCAAAAAUCUCUAUGGCUAUUAGCCAAACCAUGUCAAACCCUAGUGAUUGGCUUUUCCAACCCUACCAAAAUGAUUUCUCCCAAAUCAACCAAAGCAUCAACACUUCCCCCACUGCUGCCCUAGCCAACGGCUCGAGCAGCAGUAACAACAACAACAACAACAAUAACAACCACUUGAGCCCUGAGGAAGGCCGCGUGGCCAAGCCAGCGCGAAGGCGGUCUAGGGCCUCAAGGCGGACCCCCACCACCCUACUCAACGCCGACGCGGCCAACUUCAGGGCCAUGGUGCAGCACUUCACCGGCGGGCCCGCCUCGUCCGUCUCGUUCGCAUCCGGGCAGCACCCGAUCCCCAACCGAGGAGGCGGGCCCGCGGGCUACAUGGACCACGUGGGUUUCCACGUGCAAUAUCCGCAGCAGCCGCCGCAGAAUAUGUUUGUGGUGGACAACGGCGGCGGUGUGCCGCCGCAGACGGCGGCGGGGAAUGGGAAUGGGAUCAAUUAUGGCAACUUUAUUGUUUGAAUUGUUGGGGGAAAUUAGGAGAUUAUUGGUGAUGACUUUUCUUUGUAAAUUCUUUCUUCUUUUCACAUUUGACUAUGAAAUUAUGGAUCAUAGUUGGUGUGUGGUUAGUUUUUUAUUUCUUUUGAUUUUUUUUGGUGUUUUUUUGGGGGGUAUGGUUUUGUUUAAUCAAAAUGUAGCAUUCCUUGUUGGACUUUUGGAUCCUUUUGUAAUGAAAAGAAUCUUGUAUGUUGUGUUA